AUGUAUUGGAUUCAAUGUAUUGAAAAUGGACCUUGUCGAGUGAAUCAUGCUGCAGGAGCACUAGAUGAUUUUAUUUAUUCAUUUGGUGGUUAUUCUCAUAAAGAAGAUUAUACACGAGUUACUCCAAUUGAUAUUCAUAUAUUUAAUAUUCAUACAUUAAAAUGGUAUUUAUUACCAAAACCACAACUAAAUGAUCCACAAUAUAAUUUAACACCUUUUUCACGAUAUGGACAUACAAUUGUUGUUUAUAAACGAAAAUUCUAUCUAUGGGGUGGACGAAAUGAUCAUCCUGUAGCAUGUAAUCGACUAUUUUGUUUUGAUCCUAAAUCUUGUCAAUGGUCUAUAAUAUCUAUUGUUGGUGAUUUUAUUCCAACUCCUCGUGAUGGUCAUUCUGCAUGUCUUAUUAAUGAUAAAAUGUAUGUUUUUGGUGGAUUUGAAGAACAUACUCAACAAUUUUCUAAUGAUCUUUUUUAUUUUGAUUUUAAUAAAUCAUCUUGGCAUUGUCGUCAUUCAAAGGUUUUUAGUUUUAUUUUAAUUAUUUUGUUUGAUUAUAAAUA